GAGUUAAAAGAAACGUAUUGGCAAAAAUGUAAAAUAUACGUGAAAAUUGAUACCAUGAAGAUAACUUGACUUACAAAUUAAAAUGAAUUAUUGGUUAUAACAAGAAAUAAUCGGUCAUUUACACUGAAAAUUCAUUUGACUGGGUCCAGUGGGAGACUCCCUUAUCAUGGCGGCUGAUGACGUACUUGCGUCAUCACAGAUGCAGAUGCUGUGCCUGUGGCACUAAACUGUUGCACUGCUAAAUGAGAGUCACAGUGUAACUCAUUCCGAUAUCCUAAAAUGCCACAGUGUCUAGCAAAAUUUUGCACUGUAGUCAGAGGGAAUGGAAUAUCUACCUUUAGCAUUCCUGAUCCAAAAAAGAAUUAUGAACUUUGUGCAAAAUGGAUUCAGAACCUUGGGAAUGCAAAAUUAAAUCCCAAAACUUUUGUUUUUUCAAAAGAUAAAAUUGUAUGUGAACGACAUUUUAAGGAAGAUUGCAUCAAAGAGGAUAUAAGGGCUAAGAUAAUGGGAUACACACCACACAGAAAGCAAUUAAAAGAGGAUGCAGUACCUACAAUAUUUGAUGACAGCAAGCCUAAGAAAAGAAGACAAAUAAGCUUAAAAAGAUCUGAGAAAAAGAAGAAACAAGAGAUAAUUAGAAGUGUUAUGAAAACCUGGAGUAAAGCUACAAAAACAGAGCCUGAUGAUCAACCUUGUCCAUCAACAAUGAACAAAUCAGAUGUACCAAUAAAUCACAGAAAGAGAAAAUCAGCAGGAAAAGUAAAAUCUUCAAAAAAGAUAAAGCUCAAUGAAGAAAUGAAAAAUCAGGAAACUUUAAAAAUUCCCAUCCAAUCAGAAGAUAAAUCAACUUCAUGUAAUAUACAAAUAGAAAUACCCAAUCAUGGUCCAGCGUGCAUCCUAAGAAUCAAUCCAUUAAUCUCAAUAUCAGAUCAUAAUUACUGCAAAGUGCCAAGUGAAGCAGACCCACCUAUAGUCUUACAUCCACUCCCCCCAAAAAAGCCUGCCUCAGAUUCCUUUCAUGAUUCACUAGAGAACCUGUCUCAAGUAUGUGAAAAAGAUGAUUUGUUUCAAUUUUCUGAAAAUACAUGUGAAUCACCAGUUUCAUCACCAAGUGCUAGUUCUUCUGUCCCCACGGCUGCAGGAAAUAAUUUAUCAAAGGAUACUGUCAAUGAAUCCAAGUUUGUGGUUUUUUCAAGCUGCCUGGAUGUUCUUUUCAAAAUGAUUGUAUGUCAGAUCUGUCAUUCACCAUUUGAUUUUGAAGAUGUAAGGAAAACCAUUGAAGGAAGUGCCUUGAAGGUCAAUUUUUCAUGUUUAAAUCAUCACUCCUAUUCUUGGAAAUAUCAACCUUAUAUUUGAAAGCAACGUGUAGGAAAUAAUCCUUUUGACAGCAGCAACAUAUGCCUCUGGAAAUACAUUCUCUUCUAGAUCAAGUACAUUAGUGCAAAUCAGUACUGUAUUUUAUGAUAUUGGAAACAAAUUUGUUCUGCCUGCAAUGGAUACUUUUUACCAUGAACAGAGGACUGUUUCACAACAUAAACAUCUUAAAAACAAACAAUUGACAGUAGUUAUUGAAGAUGGAAAUUGUGAUAGUCCUGGGUUUCAUGCAAAAUACUGCACAUACACCGUAAUGGAAGCUGUAAGCUCUGCAAUACUAGAUUUCAAGGUCAUUCAAGUUGCAGAAUCUAGUUCAUCAUCUUCAAUGGAGCUGGAGGGAUUCAAAUGCUCUUCCAAAUCUCUUACUGAUUAUAAUGUCAGUAUCAAAAUUUUCUGCAGUGACAGGCAUAUACAAAUAAGAAAAUAUAUAAAGGACCAAUUGCUGGAUGCUUCCCAUCAAUUUGAUGUCUGGCAUAUGGCAAAUAGCAUUUGUAAAAAAAAAAUGGUAGCUAUAGCAAAGAAAAAAGAAAAUGAA